GUAAGUUAGAUUUCUGUUUAGUUCGUGUCUUCGCUAAUCGCGAGUAUAGCGACUUUUUCCUCGUUUUUCUCAUUUAAUAUACUGCCUGAGUUUUUAGUAAAAUAAAUUUCUUUAUUCGUAUUUGUUGCUGCAACAGGGGUUAUGGGUAGACAUUGCUGUGUUAAAGGCUGCACCACAGGGGUAAAUCUACCGUCUCACAUCUUUCCUAAAGAUGUAAUCUUAUUGAACAAAUGGAAAAAGGCCAUCUUCGGAGAAGGAUACUCGGAGAAUAUUCAAGGACUAACUGAUGAACAGUUGAGAAAGUGCGUUGUUUGUUAUAAACAUUUUGCAGAUAGUGAUUACGUAGAGACAUACAGAUUACGAAGAUUGAAAGCUGGCGUUAUACCAUCGUUGCACUUGCCAAAUCAUAGUAAUAACAAUAGUGAAGUAAAUGACAACGAUAGUGAAACAAGUAAUAGUAAGAACAGUAGUAAUAAUGCAAAUAAUGCUGAACAUCACAUCAAAAAUGUCACCACAGAAGUUAUUUCCACUAGGAUGGAAGUAACAACAAAGAAGGAUCCUACUGUUGAAAAAAUUGAAGGAAUAGGAGCAAUGAGGGAAGAACAAUCUGUAAGGGAAGUAUCGCAAAGUAUGAAGAAUCUGUUGAAUGGGAAUUCUUCAGUGUCGAGUCCUUCAGAAUCAGAGUUACAAUUUCAAGAGCCAAGAUUCUCAGGAUUAAGGCAUCUGGAACCUCCAGAACUUGUAAAACUAGGAACUCAAGAGCCAAUACUUCCAGAAGCAAAGCUUGCUGAAGCAAGAUCUCCAAAGUCAGGAUCGUUCUUACCAAAAAAUUCCACACACUCUUUGUUGGAGUUGCAUAAUUUAUUACAAGGAAAGUACUUUCACAAGUUUACACCGAAAAUAUGGAACUUGUACAAAUUGUGUUGCAUAUUAAAAAAGAAGCAAGAAGCGGUUGCCAAGAGGCAACUGACAUUUUGUGAACGUGUAAGACAAGCGAAAAAAUAUGGCAAAAGCCCUGCAAUAGAAAAAUUAUUGUCUUCAUUGACGCCGAUUCAACGAACGUUCCUCCAAAUGCAAAUGAAAGCAACAAAGUAUGCACCCAAGGACAGACGUUUUACAUUAGAUGAGAAAAUUGCAGCUUUAUCGAUUAUGAAACAGUCCAGUAAAUGUUAUCAAUAUCUGACACAAGUUUUCAAUUUGCCCAGCACAUGCACAUUGCAAUCGAUACUUCAAACAGUUAACAUUCAUCCAGGUCCAAUACCUUUUGUAAAUCGUCGCCUAAAAAAACGAGUGAAAUUAAUGAAAGAGAGGGAGAAAGUAUGUUUCGUAACGUGGGAUGAAAUGUUACUGCAACCUCACUUGGAUUACGACACUAGGAAGAAGCAUAUUCUUGGUUUUGAGGACUUUGGGAAGAUGAGGUGCGCGAGGUUUGCAGACCAUGCAUUAGUUUUCAUGGUACAUGGAAUACAAAGCGGAUGGAAGUUUCCAUUGGCCUAUUAUUUCUGCGAUGGUGCCGCACAAACUGAUCAACUCGUAGAAUGGAUCAAGACUGUCGCUAAAAUUAUAAUAGACAGUGGACUGCACCUUGUGGCUCUUAUUUGCAAUGAUGGGAAGAGGAAUAUUACAGCUGUGAAUAAACUCAAAUUAGAAUCAGCAAAGCUAAAAUCAAAACGAGAACAGUUAUAUUAUGGCAAUAUAACAGUAAACGAACAAGACAUAAUACCAUUGUACGAUCCUCCACAUCUCAUUAAAGGCAUACGCAACAAUUUAUUAAACGGCGAUCUUGAGUUUGACCGUGCGGAAGGAGAAGAACAGAAAUAUGCAUCCUGGGAGAUUAUUGAACAAGCGUAUCACAUGGACUUGACUCACAACGUAUAUCGAUUAAUGCCGAAGAUUACUGCAGAUCAUGUAAUAAAAAACAGAGUAAAGAUAAAGAAAGUCAAAACGGCCACGCAAGUUUUGAGUAUGACGAUGGGUGGAUUCAUACAUCAUCAUACUAAGUUAGAGGACCUUCUUCUUCUUGCAGGAUGCGUAAAUACAAUCAAUGGACCAUUAAAGAUGCCGAAGAAAAAAGGACGGGAUACAGCAGAGAUAAUAUUUUUCUUCGAUCAGUUGUUUGACUCAGUAAAUGGGCACACCUUAAGACCAGAAAAAUUGUUAAGAGUUGCCGUUUCGUACAAUAGCUCACAUCUUGAGUUCUGGGAGACGGCAAUCAAGAAGCUGCGGAGAAUGCGCUUUAUCGACUCGAAAGACAAGAGCCCAUUAAGGGACUCGACCGUUCUCAAGAAUUGGAUCUACACGAUAAAAGGUUUCCGCAAACUGUGGAUAAUUCUGAAAAAGUAUCAAUUCAAAUAUUUGAAACCUCGAAUAUUAAAUCAAGAUUCUCUUCGGCACUUCUUCGGACAGAUCAAGUCCCUCAGCAAGAGAUACGGUAAUCCCACAUGCGCAGAAUUCGAAAGUUCCUUCAAGAUAUUACUGAUUAACAAUUUAUCGUCACCUCGCACUGUGGGGAAUCAUAGCCAAAAUAAAAUGGAUGGACCAUUGUUGUUCACAUUGAAAAGACUUAUUUAUAGAGCGCAGCGUAUGAACGACAAUGGCAUGAGAGAAAAUUUGCAGAUAUCAGACAUGGAAAUAGAUAAGCCCUUGGAUACGACACACAAUUAUAUCAACAUUUGCAACUCUAUUGCAGCGAGAAUCCUCAACGACUCGCGUAUCAAAGGAUGCAAUAUAUGUAAGAAUCUCCUCACGAGUACUGUCAAGUCUGACUUAAUUUCCAAUGAGCAUUUAUUAAAGAUGUUUAAGGAUGCUGAUAAUAUACUGAGACAAAGAAUGAGUAGCGUUUGUUACAUGCAUCAUACAGCAUUAAUGUUGGAAACUGAAUUGUACAUGCAAAUGGAUUUACUUUGGCUAAAUUGUCAGCAACAUAACAGUUUCCUAAAAGAGCUCGUAAUAUCAUACAUAAUCGUAUUUUACAUUUAUAAGUGGUGUGAUGGUAUAAAUGACAUUUUAACAGGAGAACACGAUAAUUUGUCAUGAAACGUGUAACAAAAUGUGCCUAUGAGAAUCAAAGUCGGAUUUUUAUUAUAAUAAAAAUUAAUUUAUUUUGUUU